UCGAGCUCAGUAUCCUCGACGUUGAGUGCUUCGACCUUUUGCAGGUGUCUGAGACACCAUGUCUACCACUCUUGAACUCUUUUGGCAUCUCUCUUCUGCUAACAAAAAGGACCGCCUCGAUGCUUCGGCCAAGUUGAUCGGUGCACUUGAACGUUUUCAAGCCGAGUUCGUACCCAAGGAGGCUCCGGAGACUUCUGACGAAGACGAGAACGAGGAAUUUAGCGGGAAAAAUCGCGAUGGCUUGGAUGCAUUGAACGCUCAGGAUGUUUCCUAUUCUAUCAGGCGACUGGUCAGAGGAUUGGCUAGUCCUCGCGAGAGCAGUAGGCUUGGUUUUGCAGUUGCCUUGACUGAGCUGCUGUCACGAAUUAAUACGGUGACAUGUUCUCAAGCGGUCACUUUGAUUUUGGACUCUUCCAAGACUCAAGGAUCAAUGACUGGCCAGGAAGAGCGCGACGUUCUCUUUGCACGUCUAUUUGGAUUGACUGCUGUGAUUCAAUCUGGACUUAUCGUCCGUGACACACCACUAUCUUCAUCUGCUUCCUCAGCUACCGAAGCAUCCAAUCUUGCAAGUUUCUCAGAAGUAAUCUCAGAAUUACUUGCUCUUGGCGAGAAGCGGUCCUGGUUGCGUGAAAGUGCCUGGUGGACGAUAGGCCUCGCUGUCGAUGCUCUGGGUGCUUCCUCUGUGUAUUGGAAGGAUGAUGCCUUCGAGGCUGCUCUAGAGAUGAUCUAUGUGGAGAAUAAAAUCUGGACUCCCGAAAAGAUCGCCCUGACACUGAAGUUACAAAAACUCCGUGCGGACGCGGACUGGCGCAAACUUCUGUCCCCUCCUUUCAAACAACCGGAGAUCACGCAUAGUGGGAAUUACACCGCGCUUGCACGAAUUUUGAAAGAAGUGAACGCUGAUGAAGAUGAAGACGCUGACGUCAAGUCCAAGACUGUCUCAUGGAAACCUCAAGUUCACUAUGUCUGGGACUUACUCCUUGGGGAAGUUCUUUCACCACAGUCCUCCAAGGGCUCAUUCCCUGAAAUGUUCCGAAUCCUAGUUGAUGAAUCGCUUUUCUCGUCCACCUCAUCCCCGGAAAGAAAGUACUGGGGAUUCCAGAUUUUCCAAAAAGCACUCUCGCGCGUUUCAGCCACGGACUUGCCCAUGCUUUUCACCAAGAAUUUCAUGCGUUCGUGGAUCAAUCACCUCUCCAACAGCGAUCGCUAUCUACACAAAGCUGCCAAACAAGUGGUCACUGACAUUCAAGGUCUUGUGAAGAAAGACCCUACGCUUGGUUUUGCUUUGAUUCUCCAGCUUACCGGCGUCCAUGGGAGCCAUCAAUUUGACAAGCUGACUAAAACAAAGACCGUUGAGACAAUCCUUACUUCAAUGGAUAACGAGGGCAUCCAGAGCUAUAUCAAGUAUCUAUUGGGACAGGUUAACGAUCAGGAAGGAGGCAAAACGGCCGAUAUACAGGCGAUCAACGCUCGACGCGCAUGGGUAAUCGAGCAGCUUGCCGCUCUCGUCCGGAAUGGUGCUGUUCCCAAGGAUGACGCAUGGGUUCAGGCCGUUCUGGACUGGUUCACCGUUCACGGAUUGUUCAUAGUUAGAAAGCAGUCUGAAAAGUCCGAGUUUCUCGCGCUGCACUCCAUUCCAGCACCUCCUUUCUCAGACGAAUUGCGCAAACUGUGCAGGGAACGACUGCUUAGCUGCUUGGCAGAACUCACGACUCAUGCGUCUGUGGUGCAAACUGACGACAAGAACAUCAAGGUUUCUGCGGUUGCGUCUGAUGGACAGUUCUGGGUUUCGAAGGUUCUCAGCACAAUCGAACGGCUAGAUAAAGACACCAAGCAUGUUCGUCGGAUCGUGGAAGCGGAGGAAGAGGAGGAAGAAUUGCGUCAAAAGGCCCGAGAACUAGCCUCCCGCUUAAGCAAGAUAACGGGUGAACAACAAGAGGCUGCGAAAGGUGCCGAACUAUUGGUGUCAGCCACCCUUUUACAUCACUACUGUGCUACUGAUGACGAGGACUCGGAUUCGGAGGCCCUUCAGGUACUUAGCUGCGUCGAUGGCGCGUCCGGGAUGUUCCCCGUGGAAACCAAGAAGACCAAGAAGUCUCGCAAAUCGGUCACUACAUCUGCCGACGAGGUUGCGCCAGAACCGAUUGAUCUCCUGGUGGAUACUGUCAUAGGUUCCUUGGAGGAGGCUACAGCAUAUAUGCGUGCUGUAGCCAAUCAGGUCUUUACGCUCUUAUCCGGCUCUGUGAAAGAAAGCACAAUAGAUCUUAUCGUCGCGCAACUUUCACGGCGCGAUCCUGCAGAACUCCUUCAGGAUGAGGACGAGGACAUGGAAGACAGUCCGGAUGCGGAUAGCGAAGAUCAAGAAGAUAGCGAGUCGGAAUCUUCCCAUGACGAAGAGGAUGACGAGGAGGAUAUGGAGGAAGACCCAGAAUUGAGACGAAAGAUUGAAGAGGCACUUCGUGUCAACGGUAUCAACGCGGCGACGGGCGAAUCCGACGACGAGUCUGAUGAGGAGUUCAUGGAUGAUGACCAGAUGAUGGCCAUUGACGAGCAACUCGCUGCGGUUUUCAAAGCUCGUGCAGACGAAAAGCGUAAUAGUGGCGUCGAUGCUCAAAGAGAAGCUACGCAUUACAAGAAUCGUGUUCUCGAUCUCGUGGACAUCUUUUUGAAGAAGCAGCCUACCAGCCCGCACGUCAUCAGGGUAAUUUUGCCUCUCGUUGAGCUUAUCGUCGACACUAGCUCGGAUGAGAAGCAGCUUGCGGAUAAAACCACCGGCAUCCUUCGAUCAAGAAUUGGCAAAUCGAAGGAGAUUCCCGCAGACGUUGAUAAAGAACAAGCUAUAGUGGUGCUGCAAGAACUUCAUGUUCGAGCUCGUAAGGCACCAUCAUCGGAUGUACUUGCCACCCUCAAUCAGUGCAGCUUGUAUCUUGUGAAGACACUUCUCAAUCGGGGCGACGCUGAGCAAGAAGUCGUCAAGGCCUAUCAAGAGUCGCUGAAAGAUUUCAUCACCCGAAAGGCGUCCCGCCUGAAUACGGCAUUCUUGCAGGAUUUCAUCCGCCGCUAUCCUGGUGCAGCGUGGAAUCUGCGCAACAACCUUAUCGACGUCACAAAGACCGCGGUUAAUGGUUAUCGCCAAAGCCAGGCCUUCCAGUUACUGCAAGUGCUGGUCAACCAGCUGUUCGCUAUAGGUGACCACAAAGAGGAAAUCAUUUCUUUCAUGCCGAGCUUGCGGGACGCGAUCCUCGCGGCUGUCUCCAAAGCAUGCACCGAGGCGUCUCUGACGGCCGCUCAUGUCAAGGAGAUUCUUAAGUUAGCAAUUUCAGCGGUUCGUCAGAGUAAGCGCAUUGUUUCCAGUCCGGAAGAACUGGCAACAUUGUGGGAUCCCUCAAGCUGGGAGGAGCUCUCCAAGAAUCUUGCCACAUCGGACUCCUUGAAAGCGGCCGCAGGUCUGCAAAACCUCUGCAAGCAGGUUAUCCGGGCUGUCAACCAAUCAUCCACCAAGGACAGCACGAGUAGCAACAAACCAUCUUCAGGUGCUACUAAGCGGAAAGCUGACGAUGGGGAACAGGGUGACGAGGAGGUCGUAACCAAAAAGGCCAAGCGGAAAAAGGUCAAUAAAAACAAAUCCUCCUAGAUUAGAUGCUGUGGUAUACGAUUCUAGAAUAUGAGCUUCGAUCUAUUGCAGCAGUAUUCGUAAGUCAUGUAACGUCGCGGAAAGCUCUGGCGGCAUUGGGCCUCUGAGCAACUUCAGGCAUUUUCGCAACCUAUGGCCUAUUCAGUGCACUGACAUUACCUCGUCAUCAUGAGACUCACCUGUUCCUAUUGACUCGCCGUUCUACUUGAGCUUUCAUGGUUUGAGCUUUUUCACUGGCCGUUUCAAGUACCUUCUCUGGAACACCAGCAAGACGCGCACACUCCACUCCAAACGAGUCGACGGCCAGUCCUCGCAUGAGCUUGUACAAGAAGGUAACUUCUCGCGUUCCGUCUAUUCUGGUAUCUUCUGCGAAUCCCAUAUGUCGGUUUUCGACGUCUGCGGGAAACUUUUUCUCCAAAUCGGUCGCAACCUGAGGAUAGUGGGUGAUGAAGAGAGUCUUGCACUUUGUAUUCUGGAUUAGAUGUUGAAGAACGGCGCUGGCGACUGCCAUCUAGACGAGAUCAUUCAGUCACACAUACUGUAUGAAAAAAAUUAAACACUUCACAUACCCCAUCAAAGGUCGAAGUGCCACGCCCAAGUUCGUCAAGAAUCACUAAGGACUUCCGCGUUGCAAACUGCAGUAUUUCGCUGGUUUCUUGCAUUUCGACCAUAAACGUCGAUCGUCCCCUGGCC